AUUAACAAUGGGUAAAAAUUGAUUUAUAAAUAAGUCGACGUUUAUAUAAACAUCGAUAUAUACGACAUUUCGAUAUUAUCGUUCAGACGUUAACAUAUUGAUUUUUUUUUGCGGAGUACCAACGAUAAUUUUUUCGGCUUUUGUCGCAAAUUAAAGUGUUGAAAAUCUGGAAAAAUUGAACAAUUUGCAUUAUAUGAAAAUAUUAAAUUUACUUUAGACGAGGAGGCUCAGUACAUGAUUUGGCAAUGAUUUCUGCCUUGAGGAUAUCCAUGUUGUGGUAGCAAAGUAAAUAGAAAUUCGUCAAAAAACAGUCUAACGUGUCAUGGAAGUACCAAAUAUUUAUUACAGUAGGGAUGAGUAUGUUGAAACUGCUUCUGGGAACAAAGUCAGCAGAGAGACAAUACUAUGCGGAUCGCAAAACAUUGUAUUAAACGGGAAAGUUAUAGUGCAAAGCGGAGCUAUAAUAAGAGGAGAUUUGGGGAAUGUAAGGACUGGCAGGUAUUGCAUUAUCAGUAAAGGAGCAGUCAUAAGACCAGCGUUCAAGCAAUUUAGCAAAGGUGUUGUAUUUUUUCCUCUACACAUAGGAGAUCACGUUUUCAUCGGAAGUGAUAGUGUAAUAUCGGCAGCAAGUGUUGGCUCUUAUGUUUAUAUAGGAAAAAAUGCGAUUAUUGGAAGGCGAUGUGUUCUGAAAGACUGCUGCAUUAUAGAAGAUGGAGCAAUUCUUCCACCUGAAACAACGGUCGCUGGUUUUAUGAGAUAUACUAAAGAAGGAUUAAUCGAAGGCGGUCAGGGGAAUCCAAAUUACGUUUCUCCAGCAAUGCAAGAUCAGAUGAUUGAUUUUACCCAAUCCUUUUAUGAACAUUUUCAAAGCAUGAACAAUUCCAUUCAAAAAACGAAAAUAAACAAAAAUUGAAAUUGCAAUAAUUUUUACCAGUAACUUGAAUAUUGUGUUUAUUCAAAAAUAAUAAAAACCGGAAAAUAGAAAAACUGUUCUAAAAGCAGUUGUUUCUAUUUCUGUUGAAGGAAAACAA